AUGCAUCUAUGUGGGGCCCUCAUAAGCCAAAUGGAAGCAACUCAACAAUCGGAGCGAAAGAGCAUGAACAAGAGCUUGGCCUUUGCACGCGCAAGCCAUGACAUACGUGCUUCUUUAGCAGGGAUAAACGUCCUGAUAGAAAUAUGCCGGAUCGAGGUUUCGAAGCGGGACCCACUUAGAUCGGAAAUACCUGCGAAUCUACUACAAAUGGAAUCUUGCACGAGGGAUCUUUUGGGAAUCUUGAACUUGAUUCUCGAUACGAGUAAGAUAGAGGCAGGGAAAAUGCAGCUCGAUGAGGAAGAGUUCGACUUGGAGAAACUAAUGGAAGAUGUGGUUGAUUUGUACCACCCUGUGGGUAGGAAGAAGGGCGUGGACAUAAUUUUGGACCCGUUCGAUGGGUCGGUCACGAAAUUUUCUCGUGUGAGAGGUGAUAGAGGGAAGCUGAAACAGAUUUUGAGCAACUUGUUGAGCAAUGCUGUGAAGUUUACGUCGAACGGGCAUGUGGUGGUUCGAAUCCAAAGAGCGUAUAGUGAACCGGAAGCUACUCACAGGGAAACAAAUAACCGCGUGGAGUUUGUUUUUGAGGUGAACGAUACGGGAAAAGCGAUUCUGAAAGAGAAGCAAAAACUUGUUUUUAAAAACUACGUACAAGUCAAAGAAACUGCACUCGGUCAAGAAGGCACCGGCUUGGGGCUAGGCAUUGUUCAUUUAAUGGGCUGGGAGAUAGGAAUAGUGGAUAAAGAAGCGGGCGAGAAAGGGACUUGCUUCCGGUUCAAAGCGUUUUUCGAAAAGGAUAAUAAUUCUUCUCCGAGUGCUGAUAUCGAGUCUAUUGGCCAUGACUCAUUCUUGAUUGAUAGCCCCGAAAGAAGCACUCUCUUGCAAGGUUUCAUGCACAAAAUCGGGAUUAAAGUACACGUUGUGAAGCAGUACGAACAACUCUCUCCGUCUUUGAAGAGGAUCAAGCGGAAGCUGAAUAUAUCCUACUAUAGCUCUUCGGGAAAAUCCACUACUUCUAGUGCACGUUCGAAAAAAGAGUUCCCCUUGAGUGCUCUAGAAGGAACGGACGACGUUUUACCUAAUCCUCGGGCCGGUUAUUCGGGCUUUGUUUUGAUUGUGAUCGACACGAGUGUGGCCCCGUUUAGGGAGAUAAGUAGGACUGUGGCUGAAUUUAGAAGGGACUUGAGUGAAAACUGUUGCAGUAAAGUUGUUUGGCUUGAUAGUUUACAAGGUCUUGAUGAGGAUAAACUGCCAUCGUUGGAUUUAGUCAUUUCGAAGCCGCUUCACGGGUCCCGCUUGUAUUGGACUAUUGGGAUUUUACCUGAAUUUGGGGGGCUGCCGCCCCGAAAGAGGGUAGAAGCUUCACACAGUGUUGAAAACAUUCGACGUGGAAAUGAUGUUGCUAGUUCCGAUGGGGGGGCAAGUAAGAGUUUUGUGAAGGGAUCAAAGUGUGAGAUUGAGGAAGUUGGAGGGGCAAACAACAAAAAGAAGCCGUUGCUGGGGAGGAAAAUACUCGUGGCGGACGAUGAUCCGAUCGGUCGAAAGAUUGCUACUUUCGUGGGUGUGCAACUUGAUUCAAGUAUAUUUCCGUGUGAAAACAGAGAAGAAGAUUGGAAUCUAGUCUGCAAGAGUCAGACGAAGGAAAGCAUGUUGGAGCUUCGAAGACUUUACUCCCUUUCAAUUAUGCCGGUGAUGAAUGGAGUCGAUGCAACGGCAAGAAUCAGAAAAGUAGAGGAAAGUUACGGUGUCCGUAUACCAAUCAUCGCACUAACUGCACACAAGAAGGGGCAAGAGAUCGAUAAUAUGAUUCAGGCUGGAGUCGACGGUUACUUAACCAAACCACUCAACAAGGAUGUUGUCUUGAAAACUAUUUCUGAAAUUAUUUGCAAUGUAUGA